AUGUCUUCCAAGCUCGACCAGUCUCUCGAUGAGAUCGCCAAGUCCCGUCGCCAGAGUGGUCGUAGCGCCCGUCGCCGCGGCGGUGCCGGAAAGGUGACAAAGGCGCCUGUUGGAGGAGUGAAGAAGAACACCAAGGCUGCCCGAGGUGCUGGAAAGGGUGCAACCAUCAGCCAAACUGCUCCACCGACUGAGAGCAAAAUCAUCGUGAGCGGCUUGCCGCCCGAUGUGAAUGAAGCCAAUAUCAAGCACAAGACAGGAGGCUCCUUCGUGUCGCUUUUGCUCCGCCCCGUUCCGGAGGGCCUGGAGUAUUUCACCAAGUCAGCUGGUCCCGUCAAGAAGGUCAUGCUUACCUACAACCAAAAUGGCACGAGUCGCGGCAUUGCUUCGAUCACUUUCAGCAAGCCCGACACUGCUGCCAAGGCUGCUAAGGAGUUGAAUGGCCUUCUGGUCGACGGACGUCCGAUGAAGAUUGAAGUUGUUGUCGAUGCGACGCACGCCCCUGAGGUCCCUGCACCCAAGCCACUCACCGAGCGUGUCACUCAAGCAAAGGCCCAACCCAAACCCGCGACUGGUGCGAAGCCCGGUCGCCGCGGCCGGGGAAGGCCUCGCCGCCGCAAUGCUGCCAACCGCAAGAAGACGGUUGAAGAGCUCGAUGCGGAGAUGGUGGACUACUUUGCUGCUAACAAUGAGAAUGCUGCGACUACCGAUGGAAACGCUGCGACCAACGGUACUGCUCAGCAGCCGGCUACCAAUGGAGAGGACCUCGAGAUCUCGUACUCCGUGAAGUUCAUGCAUGUAUUAAUCGAACCCGAUCGAUUGAGUGUAAUUGAUGGCUAG